AUGGCCUCCGCCCCUGCCCUGUAUCACACCCUGCUUCACUUUCUCAACCCGAUCCAUUCUCAUCACCUAUCCUCUCCCCCCACACGCCACCGCCACCGCUGCCUCGCCCUCUCCUCCGCCGCCGCGCGCCUCCCCAACCCCAACGCCGCCUCCCCCUCUCGUUUCGGCCAGGGGAGGAGAGCCAGCGCGAGCCAACUAGCGUUCGAGACAGAGGAUGGGGAGGAGACGCCUCUAGCGUUCGAUACAGAGGAGGAAGAGGAGACACCUCGGUGGCCCGCUACGCAGGCGCAGUCUGACGACGAGGAUGACGAGCAGGAGUGGGCCGGGGGCAAUGGCACGGCGGCGCACGGGGAGGAGGAGCAUUACGGCGGAGAUCCGGAGGCCGAGGAUGGGAGCGGGUGGACGCGGCGGCAGCCGCGGCCGCGCGAGAUGUUCGUGUGCAACCUGCCGCGCAGGUGCGGCGUCGACGAACUGCUCGAGCUCUUCGGGCCAUACGGCACCGUCCUCUCCGUCGAGGUUUCUCGUGAUGCCGAGACCGGGAUUAGUCGAGGAUGUGGCUUUGUUACGAUGCGUUCUCUUGCAGAAGCUAGAACAGCUAUCAAUGCUCUCGAUGGAUUUGACCUGGAUGGGCGUGAGAUGUUUGUAAAACUAGCGGCUCACGUCGUUGCUAGUAGGAGAAAUCCCAGCCUGUCCCAUACACCACCCAUGAAGGACCAUAUCUUUGAAAGUCGAUACAAGAUCUAUGUUGGCAACCUUGCAUGGUCUGUUCAACCUCAACACUUGAGGGAGCACUUCACUCAGUGUGGAACUGUUGUUAGUACAAGGCUGCUGACAGAUCGCAAAGGAGGGAGAAGUCGUGUCUAUGGAUUCCUUUCAUUUUCUUCAGCCGAAGAGCUUGAGGCUGCUCUGCAGCUUAACAAUACGGAAUUUCAUGGACGGGAUAUCAUCGUCAGAGAAGCUCAUGUAAAAUCGCCAGAUACACUAAGCCAAACCCUUGAGAGUUAG